AGUAAAAUGUAUGGAAGCACUGCGGCACACUGCGUGUAUUUUGCGGGCUGCAUGGCUGCCUGGCUCAGCGUUCAAAGGCAGAGCGGAAGAUAGGAGGAGGGGAAUGAAUACAGCAGAAGAGUGGGAGGAGGAGGGAGGGUGGACAGUUUCCUUUCUGUAACACACACGCCACAGGAACACACCGCCGGGAAAAAAACGGGGAGAGAGAAGAAAAUAAUAACCAAGAGAGGGAGAAGGAAACACCGCAGCCCCUCCGUCCGUUUAUCCGUCCCUCCGUUUGUGCGUCCGUCCUUUUGGUUGUUUUUUUCCCCCCCACUUUAAGCCAGAGAAAGCUUUUUCCCCCCUCCUCUUGCGGACUAACAUGGACAAGAGCUCAUGAGGAGGGCUGACUUUCAGUGAACCACUUCUCUGUGGCUGAUAGGGAGGAAAAAGGCGACGGGGAAGACAUGUUGAGGGGCUCUUCGUCUUGAGGUUGCGGUAGGCUGUUGUCGGUGUUCCGCUCUCUAAACACUCGGCUCCGGUAAGAGGAGAGGAGAGGAGGAGGAGGCUUAAAAAACGGGGCAAACGAAAACUGAGCUCAGCAGUCAGUUGGUGUGUUUAAUUGGUUUUGUUAUGGUCUGAAAUAAGGCAGGCCUCUAAGGCAGCCCCGCAGUAAAUAAAUACACAGACAGCAGAGGGGCUACCUGCUUAGCUUCAAAUUAAAGCUGCUUUUAUUUUACAGGGACAUUUUCAUAUUCGCUCAGAGUAAAAACAAAGCAGGCUAUUAAAUAUUUGCUAUUUUUUUUCUUACAGACAUCAACUCUUUAGGGGGGUUAUAGAAAGGCCCAACUUAAAAAAAAAACUUGUCCUAUUAAGACGUUUAUUAUCCUCCACCGUCAGGCUCGAGGCACGGAGGUGCAGAAAAUUAAGUAGGCGGUCUUAGCCUCGGUUUAUUUCGGGAAAAAAGGAACAAAGGAAGAUUUUUUUAAAUGUUAAUGUCGACCGACGUUGCAUCCAUCAUGCUGCCUGUGUCCCGGGCUCUCAUAGACCGGGACAGGGAGCUGGACACCAUGGCCGGGGUUCACGCGAACCCGUCCGGUGCUCCAGGAGCCGUGCGAGGCAUGAAGCGCGGAGACCCGGAGCCCGAUGGACAGACGGCGGCCGCUCUGGUGGACUCCACCGGGGCUGAGUGCAAGCGCCCCAGAAUCGACGGCUCUGGAGGGAUCAGCGAGAUUGGACAGAACAACGAUCCUUUGACCCUUGGCUACCAUGGAUACCCAUCUCACAGUCAGGGCUCUCAGGAUAGUGCUGGCGGUCAGGAAGGACUCGUACCGCCACCCUUCUCCGCCUUCCCACCUCCUCCACCUCCGCCUCCUCAGAACGGCCUGACUCUGGAUUACGGGAGCAGCCUGUAUGCGGCAGGAGCGGUGCAGGGCCCCGUGGAGGCCGGCGGAGCAGGCAACAGCGCGGCCAAUGCCAGCAACAGCCUCAGCCAGUCUGACGGCUCCUCUCAGAUUGACGGACAGUCAGUAGUUGGCUCAGGUGGAGGUGGCGGCGGGGGCCCUGGGGAUGAUUCGGACGCCAAGGGGACGCCCAAACGUCUCCAUGUGUCUAACAUCCCCUUCCGCUUCCGAGACCCCGACCUACGACAAAUGUUUGGGCAAUUUGGCAAAAUCCUUGAUGUUGAGAUCAUUUUCAACGAGAGAGGCUCCAAGGGCUUCGGUUUUGUUACGUUUGAGUCCAGCUCAGAUGCAGAGAGGGCCAGGGAGAAGCUCCAUGGCACGCUGGUGGAAGGACGUAAAAUUGAGGUUAAUAAUGCCACAGCCAGAGUGAUGACAAACAAGAAAAUGACCACACCAUAUGCUAAUGGAGAGGGGCUUGCAGCACUUCCAUAUGCUGGUUGGAAGUUAAGUCCUAUGGUUGGAGCCAUGUACAGUCCUGAGCUCUAUACAGUUCCAGGGUUCCCGUACCCGGCAGCAGCAGCAGCAGCAGCUGCCGCUUCCACCGCUGCAACCUUUCGAGGAACGCAUCUGCGGGGUCGAGCUCGGCCCGUCUACAGCGCGGUCAGGGCUGCCGUCCCACAACCUGCCAUCCCAGCAUACCCUGGUGUGAUGGCCUAUCAGGAUGGUUUUUACGGUGCAGCUGACCUCUAUGGCGGCUAUGCAGCGUAUCGUUAUGCCCAGCCGACUGCUGUAGCGACUCCUGCAGCAGCAGCCGCUGCAGCAGCAGCUUACAGUGACAGCUAUGGACGAGUUUACACGGCAGAUCCCUACCAUGCUGCACUGGCCCCAGCAGCCUAUGGUGUUGGAGCCAUGGCUACGCUCUACAGGGGAGGCUACAGCAGAUUUGCCCCUUAUUAAAAGACACUACAUGACCCAGGGCCUCCCCUCUCCCAUUGAAUUAUUCCGAAAGAGCUCCCUCUGUUGUCCUGGAGGUGGACUGCGCCCUGUUUUAAAGCGUGGAGUCAACCACAGCAAAGAUAUUUCAGACCCCACCCCAGAGCAAUCCCACGUUUUCUUAUCUAAGCUUCUACAAAAAUAGAGGAAUGCUGUAUUAAAGACUGAAGGGUCGCCUUUACAUAAAAAAAAAAGAAAAAAAAAAAAAAAAAAAGAAUCUGACUGAAAAAUGGCCACCUUCUCAAUUGCACGGCUGUAUUAUAGUCUCCCCCCCUGUUAUUCUCUCAGCACUCAGCAGCACAAGAUUUGGGGACAGAGCCCAGGCGUUCUUCCAGAGGCUGUAUGUGGAUGAUGGACAUUUGAGCAGCUGCCUUAGAAGGAGCCGAGCACUGGCUGGCCUGCGCACACUCUGAGGAAAGUAAGAGGGAAGCAGACAGUCUCGAGAGCAGAAAGGUGCCUUCAGUUAGAGCACCCGCAAAAGAAUGGCGAAAUAACAAAAGCACCCAGUGGUGGGUUUUAGAGUCCGUCCUCAAUGUCGGCAGAUGGUAAAGGGAUGAGUUUCACUCUUUCAGUGUUCUGCUGUGAAGAAGACUGGACCCAGCGUCUUGGAGAAAUGAUGGAAAGAUGAAGGAGGGAGGGUUUAUUAGAGUUGUUCCUUACCUCAAGUUUCUCUUUGUAUGUGGAAAUGGUAAACCUUUAAACUUAAAAAAAUGUUAUGAUAUGCAAAGAAAUUAGUUUAGAGGAAAAAAAAUUACCAAAUUAUUAUUAUUAUUAUUAUUAUUACUGUUGUAAUUAUUCUCAUUCUUCUUAAUAUAAAACCAUUUUUUUGUUUGAAACAGCUGCACCACUGUGGUGGAGGUUCAUCAGCGAAACUUGGGGGGUAUAAUAACAAAAAAAAAAUGCAUCUUUAUUACAAACACUCCACUCUUCAGUAAUAUACCAACUAUAUCUCACGUCUUCUUGGUCAUGCACAGAAUUUCACUACCAGUCUGUGUGCGGCCAUCAUAGAACACUACAAAAAAUGUGCAACACUACACUGUAAACAUGUUCCUGUUAAGUUUACAUGCUGUUGGAGAUCAUCUGCUUGCAGCCGUAGGGGUUGUUCAGGUAUCUGGUGGUCUGUUUAUUGUAAAGCUCUAUUAUUUAGAUUUUCCCCUCAUUCUUCAUCUUUUAUAGAGUCCAGCAAUGGAUGAGUCUUCCUGAAGCAUACUUUAGUUGGUAAUUGCGUUUAAGAUGCUGCCAACAGCAAUUACUGAGCAAGACAGAGAUUCCGUUGGUGAGUUGAUAGUGAAUAUUUAAAUGCAAAACACAUUACUAUUGUGCAUAUUUCUAUACUAUUGUACCCUAUAUUUCCAAAAUGUGGCUUUUUCUUUUGACUUUUAUUUUGUGUUCCAAAGAUUUGUAGAAAGCACAUUUUUCUGCCGUAUAAAUAUAUAUAUAUAUAAAUAUAAAUAUAUUACUUGUGUUAUUAUUAUCAUGCUCUUAUAGCUGAAUUUAUUUACGUUUUAAAUGUUUUUUUGUUUUUUUUCGGGUUUUUUUAUUUUUUAUUAUUGUUAUUUUUUUAAUAUAUAAAAAUGUGUGUUGUCACUUCUUCCGUAAGGUGCAAAUUUCAACUUUUAGUUUUUGGGCUCGAAUUAAAAUUCCUGAGCUGAGAGCAUACAUCGAUAGCGUAACACAAGGUAUGCAGGUAACGUCACCAAAGUGUUUCAUUUUUACUAUUUUGUUUUUUGUUCAAUUGAUCAUAGGAAUUGUUGUUUUGACAUGUAAUCAUUAUUUCACCAAUCACAAAAAGUGCUUCUUUUUCCACCCCCUCUUUGUUUCAGUGAGCAAUAGAAUGAAUGAGACCAGGUCUGUGGCACUUUCAUUAAACCAACUGCUUUUUCUUUUAUGUUUUUAGGUUUUUUUGUUUCUUUUGUUUUUUUUGCUUGAUUUUUUUUCUCUCUCUAUUUUAAUGAAGACUCCUUAUCAUUUCAGUGGAUAGUCAGUUUGGAUGACUGAAAGUAGUUUUACUCAUGCAUACACAGGUUGGUAUUCUGAUUUGGUAAAUCAUACAUUGUGUAAAAUAGGACUGUUUUUAAACUGUUGGAUUAAAUUUUUUUUUUAAUGUCCCACUUUUUUAACUAUCGAAAAAAAUAUAUUUUGGGCAAUCACAUGUUUUUUUUUUGUUCUUCUUUCAUCUAACAGUUCUAGUUCAUCCUUUUGUUUUGUUAUUUUAUCUAAAUAUAGAAUGUGCUCUGGACUAAAUUUUAAAAAUGGCACUAGCCAAAGAUGUUAAGUUUCCAGCAUGUUCUGGUUCCCAACUUGAAAAGUGCUAUAAAAAAAACAACAAAAAAACAAAAUUCACGAAGGUGGACUUUUGUAGCCUCUAAUGGCAUGGACAAACCAGCAUGAGUGAUAGUUGUCAUGUAAAAAAAAAACAAGAAAAGAAAAGAAAAAAAAACCGUUUGCAUGAAUCUCGUGAGUUCUCAUAUUUGAUUCCUACAGCGGAGAGCCGCAGCACCCUCCAUCACCACUAAACUUCCUGAUGGGCAGCUUGGGGUUCCAAUCUAGCUGACAACAAAGAGCACAUUGCUGUUGGCAAAAAAAAUAAAAUAAAAAUAAAAUCGCCUGCUGACAAACAAAAUGGCUGCUGAAGAAAAUGGAAUUUGGCAGCUUCAUUUUCCUGUCAUGGCUUUCUUGGCCCUGUAUUAUAGAAAACUAUGUGGUCAUUCUUCAUAGUUAAUAUAGUUUUUCAAUGAACGGUCCCUUUGUCCUGUCUGUAUCCCUUUGACUACCAUUGUUUUAUUUUUUUUCCUUUUUUGUUAUUGAAUGUCCAUAUAAAAUGUUUUAUAUAAAAUGUUUUGUUGUG